GAUUUAAACAAUUGUUGGUUUUUAGAGUACAAAUAUCUUCAGUAAGACAGACAAACCUAAAUAUUUGAAAGAGCCUCAGUUGGGGAUUCGGCUUUCUGGUGUCCCUUGCAAAUGGAAACAGCAAUUUUGACUAAAUAACGCCAUCUAUCGGAAGAACAGUGCAUGUGUUAGAUUCGUUUCUAUGGUAACAUUUGAGUUUAGCACGGCGAAACGCCGGGACUGACCAUUUAUCUAGCUUUUCUACAAAAUAUUGUCGUUUAAGAUUUUCUUUUUUUAAACCAAGCAUUUGUUACUAAAUAUAGUAUCUGCGAAACGUCCGUUUUGUUCCAAACAUUUUUCGUAUGCUAGUUGUAUCAGCUUUUUUUUAGUUGUUACAGUAGUUUUGACACAUUUUAAGCAUGGAAAUUAGUGGCUAUGAUAAUAACGCAGCUCUGCAGCAGGUGAAUCAGUUUUGGUCGAUGUUAGAUGACAUGUCUGAGAAUAAUCCGGAGGCCUACAGGACCUUCAUUGAACGCCAGUUUCGGGAGGGAGCGGAGUUUUACUCACCGCCGCAGCCGCACGCCUGUAUCCGCACUGCUGUACUGGGACCAAAGGAAGAUAUGUUGUACAUUAAUAUGUGUGGUUGGAAACGUGUACCAGCGGCCACUUCUUACAGUGAUCCUGUUCCUGUGUGUGGAGGACAAAUGGAGAAAGUAACAGAGGAGAAAGAGCGAUAUUGUGUCGUUGAUGUGGCCUUCAACCCUGAGGUUCUGGAGAUGACAGAGAAAGACAAACAUGAGAAGGAGAAGCUCCAUCUGCUUGCUAUGAACUUCAUCGAACAACAGCACAACCUGAGUCUGUCCCAACGCUACAAACUCACCAAAGACAAACUCAAAGGCAGCAUUCAGGAUAUGAAGCAGCGUCUCAUGUCACCACAUACAUGCAAAUCAUCUGCCAAGGAACCACAAUCUGAACCAGGCCCAUCACUCCUGCAGCAGAUCUCCUCACUGCGAAUGGCUGAGAGUAAUGAGGACUCAUCCAUCCAACUGAGCAUGGAGCAGGAGAAGAAACCAGCCCGAUCAGGUCUCAUUGAGGUGAUCUCCAGCACAGAAUCAGACCAGUCUCAGCCACAACAACCCCGGCAUCAUCUCACAGUCUGUCCUGAUGGCAGUGGCUCAUCUAGGAGCCUGAAGCUGAGUGUUGAGCUUCCUGGAGUGAGAUCUGUGUCACAAUGUCAGCUCAGCAUCUCUCAGGAUGACAUUCUCUUGGAAGUUGAGGACAUUUAUUAUCUCCAUCUUCCAUUUCCUGAGUUGGUCAAGGAGGAGACAUGCACUGCAACGUUUAGUAAGAAGAAACAGAUACUAAAUGUUUUAGUGACUGUGUUAUGAGAACAGUUCACUCUUAUUAAUCCAGAAACUGAGGAUAUAAACAUAGUUGUAUUACUAACUGUUGCCUCAAAGAUCAAUAGUCAUACAUUCAAAUUCAAGGUUACAUCAUUUUUAAUACAUAAUUUAAGGCCCAUCUCAACAGGCAUAUUCUAUUCACAGACAGACACAUCUAUUUUUAAAAGACGAUAAUUAUUUUAUGUUAUUGCUGUUAACUGAUUAAUGUCUGAUAUUAAAAUUCUGUACUAUUUUGUUUAAAUUAAUAAAUAGAACACUAAAAAAUGAAA